CUGGAGCGGGCUCAGGCGCUGCUGCUGUCCGCCAAGAGCAACAAAAACAACAACAAGCGACGAGUAGACGACGAGCAUGCGGUGAGUCCGUUGGCAUCUUUUUCCCAAGCAAACAUUCAGAUGAUUCUGAUGUCCUCCGCGAAUGAAGGUUGAGCGUUUAAAGCCACGGUUAAGGUAUUCAAGUUAGGGUUUGAAACAAGAGUUUGAGUUUCAAGUCAGGAUUAUUGCAGGGCAUUGAUGACCAUUCCGGAGUUUUGGUUAAGUGUGAUCUUUUUAUGCAGUCGUUCGGGAACGCGUCCGUGCCGUCGCAGGUGUCGGCGCUAAACAGGUCGUCGCGAGUUCGAUGCGGCCCCGCCCUCGCGUCGCUCUCGUCAUGACGCGUUUGCGGCAGUUUCAAGAAUUGAAUGCAAGCGGACAGAAGUGGCGACAAGUCGCAAGCCGGGUUCACGUUGAAGCGAAGACGGCGUUGCGUCCUUCCUCCCGACAGGACGUCAAAAACCGAGCCGCCACUCCAAACUCCAGCGAAGUCGCGGCGGACUCGAGCGAGCCGCUCGACUCGGCUUCGCACCGAGGCGGAUCGACGACCCCGCCGGCGCGCUCGCCCGAGGGGAACCGCCACCCGGCGGCGGCGGCGGGAGGAGGAGGAAGUCGCUUCUUGAAGAAGCCGCCGUUUCCGCUCGGCAGCAAAUCGGCCGAGACGUCACUCGUGGACGGCAGUCGGGGGACGACGCGCUUCCUCGGGAAAAAGACAACGGGGUCUCCGGAGGAUCCCGGGGGGGAAUCCGGGCCCAAACCCGCCGAGGCCUCCCUGCUCGAAUGGCGCGAAAGUGUGGACAGCGAUGAAGAGGAGGUGAUGAAGCUCUUGGGAGACCACAACUCGACGAGGUCUUCGUCGAGGAGCAGAACGAGCCUGCCCCGGGGCCGACUACAUACUCGGCUCGACAGAAAUCCGGCGACGAGUGAACCGACGGCCUUUUUCCAGACGUUCGGCCGAAGAAGUCAGAGGUCGGGCUCCCCUCCGCCUCGCCGGCCCUCCGGGGACAGCCGCCCCUCGUCCCGCUGCGGCCGCGGUAGCCCCCUGCCCGAGAAGGGGGGCCCCCCCUCGUCGCCGCCACGCUCUUCCGCGUCGGCCCCGGAGGAGCUUCUCACGCUGGAAGGACUUUUCCCGCUUCCAUCUGACGCCAGCGAGGCCAGCCAGGUGUCCUCGCACUUGGACUUCCAGCUGAAUGUGAAGUCAUUGGACGAUGUCGGCUCCGCCCCCUCCGGAGACUCAAGCGGCGGCGCGGCGCCGCAGGCGGCGCCGGGCGAGCGCGAGGUCUCGGUCCAGGGGGUCGACUACGAGAGCGACUUCGAGAGCGGCGGCGGGACGGACGCCGACCGCGGAGGCGGCGGCGGACAGGUGUCGGAACACCUGCCGGGCGAUGACGAGGAAGGGGUCGCGUCGUCGAUGCUUUCGUCCGAGGCGAGGACAGACGGCGAGGACGCGAGCGCCCCUACGACGUCGUCGCGCGGUCUCACGGCGCGCGCCGGAUCUCUCAGCCGCGCGCCCUCGCAGCCCGCCGCCCGUUUAAAAGACGCGGCGGCGCAGACGGACGCCGACGUGCGGUGGGCCCGGGCCGGGGUUCCCGGCGCUCCGGCGGACGCGUUGGCGCUGACGGAGUCGGCGAAGCGGCGGCUGGCCGUCGCGCGCCGCACGGCCCGAAGCGGCCGGGGGAAACGCGACGACGUCGUGCGCGGCCUCGGCCCGCCCGCCUACACGUACGCCACGCUGAGGCGCACCUUGGAGGUAGUUGCGGGCACACGUUUACUGGCACAAUCUCUCACGCGCAUGCACCCGCUCUCUCGUUCAAUCUCACGUGAACUUACCGUCACGCAGUCUCUCCCGCGCCUUUACUCGCACUCAAUCGCAGACUGUCUCGUCCGCUCUCGCAGAUCAUCCGGCAACAAACGCGGAGGUGAGCGAGCGGAGCGAACGUGACCGGUCGUCGGGCGGCCAAUCGUGCGACUGGACGCGCGUGACGUCUGACGCGGUUUCCAUUUUUCCUUCCUCUUUUUUACUCCCAAGGCUCCAAUAUUUUUGCGUUGUGCGACGACGCGCUUGGCAACCGUCGCUAGCGGCUCCUCAUCAUCGAGGUCGUUUUGCCGUCUGUCGCGCGGCGGCGAUAUCGAACGCCGCCGGCGCUUCGGCUCCGAUUUCGUUCCCACGUCUGUCGUUUGUUGCAAGCGGCGGCAGACGGCGUCAAAACGGACGGCGGCGGAUCGAAUCUCAGCUGUAGAAUCGUGUGACUGGCUUCUAGUGUACCGAUUUGAUUCCUUUUGUACACAGACUCGCUUGCGUGUCGUUAAUGUGAUGAUGUCCGAGUAUUAAAGUGGCAGGGAAGCGCUUUUUGUUGUUUUUCCCAAAUGCAGUCGAUAUGUUUCAAGGUCAUUGUGAAAACAUGCAAAGACCGAGAACAAUAUUGUACUGCGUCGCGGAGGGAAAUUUGCUCGGAGACUGCCUCUCCGCAGCCCGCGAGAGCAUGCGCGUCGCUGGGAAUUCUCUUCUCCCCGCUCACGAACCGUGUGAGGGGAGGAGUUUGUUCCGGGGGGCGGGGUUUUCAGAGUAUUCGGUGACACGCCCGCAGCAUCCGCCAGCUGAAAGAAUGUCUCCCUUCUUCGUUUGGAAGCCCGAUUUCACAUACUUUGAAUUCAUUCAUUUAUUUUUCCAGUUGACAUUUUUUCUGUGGUGUGACAUUUACAAGACGUUUUUUGCAUCAUACGUGGGACAUUAAAUCUUUGUGUCUUUAACAUGAUGUCAAGUGACUUUGAGGUCAAUAGUUUAAUAAAUAAUUGUGCACCCGCCACCCAUCAAAUGUGAAAUUGCAAAAAUGCUCUGGAAUAAAUUGUGAAAUGCGGAAUCGAGGACGAAUGUGAAACCUCAUUAUGAAUUCUAUUUGAAGUUGCAAUGCUUUCAAGAAAUGUGGAAGUUGGAGGUAAAUGGGAGAAUUUGUAAAAAUGUAGGAAUUUUAGUGUGGUGUGGAAAAUAAAAGUCUGAAUCAGUCAAGAACUGUUAGAAAGGAUGAUAUAAAUUCAAUGUGGGAAUUUUGUAAAAGAUUGAGACACUGAAAGGUUGAAUUUGGGUAAUGAUGGAAAGUCUUAAGUGGUCAUGUUGGAAUGGGAAAUGUUAAAAUUAUGCAAAAUCUUAAAAAAAAAAAAGUUCCUGAGGUGAUUUGAAAGAGUUGAACAUUUUGAAUAGGAAUGAUGAGCAUUUGUUGAAUGGCUCAUUGUUUUUGGGUUUUUCGGGGGGGCUCUAAAAAAAAAAAAUGCAAUGUGAGAAAUACUGCGGAUAAUCUGAGUUUUGGAAAUUUUGAAUGAUCAGUCUGUUGAGAAAAGGACUUGGGCAUCAGAAAAAUGGAAAAACAAUUCAAUGUCAAUUUGUGUAGAAUAAUGCACAAACGCUCUUCAGCUUUCACAUCAUUAUGUCAAAACUGCAGAAAAUAAAAAUGUCGUCAAGAGGGCGCCACAUGACCGACCGGUUAGCACAUCUGCCUCACAGUUGUGAGGUAGCGGGUUCAAAUCCCGGCCCCGCCUGUGCGGACGUUGCGUCUUCUCCCCGUGCCUGCGCGCCUUUUCUCCGGGCACUCCGGUUUCCUCCCACAUCCCGAAAACACGCGUGCGACGUUC